AGAGAGAGACUAAAACCAAUGAUUUCUGCAAUGCAAGCAACGGUUUCUUGUGGAACGCAACUCUCUCUGAACGCCGGGAAACAGCCACAGCCACGGGCGUUUCCGAAACGCGAAACGCUGGAAGACGCCGACCGCGAAAACCAGGACGUGGGGAAACUGGUGGCGGAGAACGCGGUGAUAGUGGUGGGACGGAGAGGGUGUUGCAUGAGCCAUGUAGUGAAGAGGCUGCUUCACGGGCUGGGCGUUAACCCGGCCGUGCACGAGGUGGAUGAGGACAGUGCGUUUGACGUUAACGGCGUUAAGUUUGAUGAGACGGCGGCGUUACCGGCGUUAUAUGUGGGGGGGAAGUUGUUCGGAGGGCUGGAUAGGGUUAUGUCCACUCAUAUCUCCGGUGAGUUAGUUCCCAUUCUCAAGGAGGCUGGCGCUUUAUGGCUGUGAAUUUUAUAAUCACCACUUCAAAUUUUAUCUUUCCUUUGUCUUUGUUUUUAGUAUAUAUAUGUAUACAUAUAUAUAUAUAUAUAAUAUCAUUACGACAUAAUUUGCUUAAUAUUGUUUUCAAUUCUUAUGAACUUUCGACAUCGAAAAAGAACGGGAAAUAGAGGCCUAAACAAAAAUUUUAACUCCUCUUCAUGGGCCUCUACUUUUAGUAUGGAUCCACUAGGCCCAUUACAAAGCAUGAUGGGCCCAUUAUUACUCGGUUCGUUAACCUUAUUAUUUCAUCACGUCUAUGGAUCUUUGGUCCCCUACUAAUGAUUAU